UAUUAUGUUGCAACUAACAAAAGUCUCAUCAUUAAUGAAUCGCUAAUGACGAGGAUGACCUAUUUUCUAAAGUUUAAUCAUAAAAACAAUUGUCAUCAUUUAUAUUAUUAACUCAGGUACGUAAAAACAAAUAGAGUAAGAUUAUGUCAUGUGCACAAAUAACUAAUUUAACACCUAAUACAAACGAGAGAUAUUAGCUUUCUUAGUGGGUGGGAGCCAUAACAUUCAUUUCUUCAACUUCUUGAAGCACUCUUCUUUUAUCCCCGAGCCUAACGUGUGUGGUUCCAAGUCCUUGCUGAAGCACUGGAAACAAAGUGAUGUUACUCAAUAUAUAUAUAGAUAGAUAGAUAGAUAGAGAGAGAGAGAGAGAGAGAGAGAGAGUGUUAUAAGGAGAUGAUAGACAUAUUAAAGAUGGAGAAUAAAGUUAUGGAAGGAUAGAGCUAACAAAAACAGAGGAAACAUUCUACCAAAAAAAGAAAACAGAGGAAGCAAAGGAAAAUUAAGUUAUCUUCUCAAAGCUUCAAGAACAUUCAAAGUAAGGAUAAGAAAUUCACUCUCCUUAGAGGACUUGCAAUUAGAACACUUAAAGAAUAUUUACCUACAAAAGACAACAAGUGCUCUCAUUCAAACAACCAAUAAUAGUAGGCACCAAUAAUAUGCCAAAUUAAACAAAAACAACCACCAUCUGUUCUUGCUUUCACCCAGUGAAGUCCAACUUGUGCAUUUACAAUCCUUUCUCAACUCUCUAGGUCAAGAAAUAUGGACGUCAUAAUGAUCAAGAAUAAAGAAGAAACCCAGAAAAGGGUACAACAUUCAAUCCAAUUAUUACCAACAAGCUACACAUUUCCCGAAAGGUUAGCUUCUUCCAUGAGCUUCAGCUGCUCUCUAUAUUCUGCCCUCCCUCUCCAGUACAAUUCUAAUCUUUGUUCUAACCAAGAUAUUUUCCAACCUCCCCCUGUUUAAUUACUGUUAGACUAACAGACAAAACAAUGCAAUGGUCUAGUUGAAUCAAAUCCAGACAAGAAUCAAAUGAGAAUAGUAUUUUUCUCAAAGAUUGGAGCUUACAAAGAAAGAGGAGAAACAUGUCCCAUGGUCACUUAUUUCCAAAGCAUCGGAGUCGAAUCAGUAAAUCCACACAACUACAAAAAAGAGAGUCAAACCAGAGAUCGAGUUAGCUAAAGAGAAGCGUAAUUUCAAUAACCCUAGAAAUUUGGUUCUGUAUCUUUCAUUCUCCCAUUGUCCGAGUGAGUUAUGGAGCUGGCGAGAGCAACUCCAAUAAGCCAAGAAAUUAGGUUAUGCAUCUUCCAUGUGAAGAUCAAAAUAAUAAAGUAAAGCAAUUUGAGGUAAACGAAUUUAGAAUCAAUCACAAUAAACAAUCAGACAAAAACCAGAAAGCCACAAUAAACAAUCAGAGAGUAGAGCCAGAGAUUGGGAUGCAAAGCCCCUAAUUUAUGUAAUCAGAACCAUUAGCCAUCGCUCCAUGAAUCUUCACCGCCACUCGUACUUGGGCAAGGGAAGGCGAAGAUCAUACAAAAGAGCUGUAAAUUACCUUUGGUAAUGAAGACCAAUGACGACAGCGAGAAGACACAACUCGACAAGUCGCAUGGAGGUGAUAUUCCAUACCUCAGUUUGGGGCGCUAGAUUCUGUAAUCUUUGAAUUGGGAAUCAAGCUGGGAUUGGAGACUUGAAACCCUAGCCCAAUCCAUCGCUAACAAGAAGGGAUCGAUAGGGGAGUUACAGUUGGCUGCAGUAGUGGGGACGAAAGAGGAACUUCGAAGCGUCGGCACGAAGAUGGAACCGCUAGAAGACAAAGCCCGAAGAGGAGUUUUGGAAAUGGGUGCUCUCUGCUCCUCAGUGCGAGCUCGAAAGUGAAGGAGGGCUGAAGGAAUUAGGGAUUAGGACGGGUUUCAAUUUGGCUAUUUAGUCAGGAACGAUUAGAAAAUAGAGUUUGAGACGGGAAAGGGGUUGUGAGAAAGACAGAGAUCAUAUGACCAGAACAAGUGAGUAAAGAAGUGGGGGAGAGCGCUUCCACCGCUUGAGGCGAGGAAAUAACUUUACCAAUUUCCA